AUGGAAAACACCACCCAACCGACACAGCAAGCGACACAGGCGACGCAAAAGUACAUCAUUGAAAAGUUUUCUCAAGAGAAGAUCGAUGAUGACAUUGUGUGCAGGAUAAUAUGCACGAUGGGUCAAAUUCCGAUACGAGAUCUUCGAGCAGACAUACAAGAUGUGAUCAGAAAGAAGGAGCCGAUCAAGAAGUCGUGGACCUUCGGCAGAAACCCACAAUGCGAUUACCAUCUGGGAAGUACGUCGAGGUUAUCGAACCGUCAUUUUCUGAUCAUGUUGGGAGAAGAUGGGAACUUACUGCUGCGCGAUACAUCUACCAAUGGUACUUGGCUCAAUGGCGAGCGAGUUGAAAAAGACAGAAACCAAAUACUUUCUCAAGGAGAUGAAAUUACAGUGGGAAUGGGUGUUCCUCAGGAUGUGCUAAGUCUUGUAGUAUUCAUCAACGACAAGUUCAAGCAGAAACUGGAAGCCACAAGAUUACAGGGUCUUACGUCGACCAAAUCAAAAUCUGCCAAAAAUUCCUCACCUCGGCUCCAACUUGCAGGAAUUUUGAAAGAAUUCUCCAUUCAGGAUGAAGUGGUGGGACAAGGCGCAUUCGCAACUGUAAAAAAAGCAGUCGAGAGGAAGACUGGUAAAACUUAUGCAGUGAAGAUUAUAAACAAGAGGAAAGUUAUGGGAAAUAUAGAUGGUGUAACGCGAGAACUGGAGGUUCUGCGAAGAUUGGAUCAUCCCAGGAUUGUUCGUCUGAAGGGUUUCUAUGAAGAUGCCGAUAGCUACUACUUGGUUAUGGAAUUCGUGUCCGGUGGAGACUUGAUGGACUUUGUUGCAGCACAUGGUUCGGUCGGUGAAGAAGCCGGCAGUGAAAUUACCCGGCAGAUAUUAGAAGCCGUCAAGUAUAUUCAUUCUAUGGGAAUAAGUCACAGGGAUUUGAAACCUGAUAACAUUCUGAUCGAACAGGAUGACCCGGUUCUUGUUAAGAUAACUGACUUUGGAUUAGCGAAAAUUCAAGGAAAUGGGACCUUCAUGAAAACCUUUUGCGGUACUUUAGCAUACGUUGCUCCUGAAGUCAUUGGCGGGAAAGCAUCAGAGGAGAAAGAGGGGAACAAGUAUUCGUCACUUGUUGAUAUGUGGUCCAUAGGAUGCUUGGUUUAUGUUAUCCUGACAGGCCAUCUUCCGUUCAGUGGUAGUACACAGGACGAACUGUAUAAGCAGAUAAGCAGGGGUUCUUAUCACGAGGGCCCUUUAAAGGACUUUAAAAUAUCCGACGAAGCUCGCGAUUUUAUUGAGUCGUUAUUGCAGGUAAACCCCAAAGACAGAAUGAGUGCAGAGAAAGCAUUAAAUCAUCCUUGGAUUUACAAUGCUUAUAAAGAAAACUUGGUAGAGUCUCAGGUAUCUUUAUCGCAAUCUUUACCACGUCAAAAGUCCGCUGAGGAUGGAGAAGAUGCGCACGUCGAAUUUUUGAACGUUAAAGGCAAUAUAGAGAGCUCUCCAGAUAAAAUCAGAGAUGAGCGCGUGAUGUUCAAAGUGCCCGGGAAUCCAGCUGUGCGUUACACACAACCACUUGUACAGAAUGAAGACUCACAACCAGAUAGCAUAAAACAAGCAAGAACCGCCAACUUUGAUUUCAAUACCUCGCUGUCAUCAAGUAGCGAAAUUCCGAGCUCAUUAGACGAGGUGCCUCCUGUAAAUACAAAAGCACCGUCUCAACCGCAAAAUUCAAACCAAGCACUCAGUGAUGUUCCUUCGAAUGCGGGCGGUAAAUUUUUAACUUUGCAUUCUUCUAGUGACAGCUCCAUCCAGGGAACGAUCGAGGUCAAGCAAGGAACAAAUCCCUUUUUCAUUGGGAGAUCGGACGAUUGCCAUUGCAAAAUAGAGGACAACCGUCUUUCGAGAGUUCACUGUUUUAUCCUCAAAAAGAGACACGCGGUGGGGGACAGUAUUUAUGAGUCUCCAGCGCAGGGUUUGGACGACGUAUGGUAUUGCCACUCAGGAACCAACGUCAGUUACCUAAAUGGCAUUCGUCUGACGCAGGGCACAAAGACUCUUUUACAUGAUGGGGAUGAGAUAAAAGUAGUGUGGGAUAAAGCUAAUAAGUUUGCAGUCACUUUCAUCGUAGAGAUUAACGAUUCUACGGGGCUCUUCAACCAAGGCAAACUCCUGAAGGGCCAGAGCAGGAAAGUUGUUGAACAAACUUCCGAUGAGCGCAUCUUGGGCAAGAAGUUGGUCGAGUUAAUGGCAGGGAAAAGCGUACAGGCACCAGAAGGGUCUCAGCUAAAGAGAGUACAUUCGGUGAGCCUGAGCCAAGAUCCUAAAAGGAAGACCAAACGGGCCCGACUCGAUAAGGCGGACAAGAAUUCUAAUAAUCUCCAGUUUAUAUAG